AUAAAAUGGAACAGUAGGGGAACCCGAAGAGAUAUGUCGGACCGAUAAACGACGGCGCUCGUUGGCGUGUUCAUUCGGUUGGUCACGCAGAGGUUAGGAAAUUACCCCAUCGAUCGAUCAUGAUGGAACACGAAUAUCAUUAUUAUUGCUCCGAAAUUCCUGGUGAGGUUUCCAAGGUUCUGAUCAAGGACGGAAUGUAUGUCAAAGAAGGACAACCUAUGUAUGUCAUCAAGACUCAAAUCCUAUCCCGUUCCGUCCCCAAGCUGUUGUCUGACGAAUCCCAGAAAUCUAUGUAUAAGAAGUCUAUCGAAACCCUCACGCAUUUUCCCCCUGAUGUUUUUCCAAAUGUGGACAAGAUUUUUGAGCCCGAGGAACAACACUUUGCUAGCAGCCUAGUAAUAUCUGCUGAUGAUGAUGAUGUGAUGAAAAGAUAUGCAAACUUCAAAACGUUUGAUAUCGUCAUGGACCAUUCCGAUCAUCUUUUUUCAUCACACACUUGUGCAAUGAAACAUCCUGACUGGACUAGCACUAUCAAGCAAGAGCGGAGGAUUCUUGAGCAACACUUGCCUCAGACUAUUUUUGUGAGGGCUUAUGAAUCGAGGAUGGAUCUUCUAAGAGCUGUAAUUAUCGGACCAGAGGGGACUCCUUAUCAUCACGGUCUCUUCUUCUUUGACGUCUUCUUCCCAAACAAAUAUCCUUAUAUCCCGCCUCUUGUUCGCUAUCACUCUAUUGGUCUUUGUAUCAGUCCAAAUAUGAACAUGUGUGGUGAAGUAUGCUUUAGCCUUCUCGAUACAGAUGCCGGAGAAGAAACUUUGUGGGUGCCCGGCACAACGAUGCUCCAACUUCUGGUCUCCAUACAGGAUCUAAUUUUCAACACAAAGCCUUACUUUAAUGGAAUUGGAAAUGCAAUGACACCCAGGGAAUAUCUUUCGUUACUAUAUAACGAGAACACCAUUAUAAAAUCACUCAAAACGAUGGUACAUACCAUGAACAAGCCUCCCAAGAACUUUGAGGAUUUUGUAGUUGGCCACUUUCGUACGCGUGUAGGUGAUAUCAAAAUGGCAUGUAAAGCUUACAUGGAAGGGCUGCAACUUGGGUGUCUUGUUAGUGAUGUCACCUGCUCAAUCGAGUUCAAAAAUGAUGUGGCGUCAUGCAUCAAGUCCCUUGUAGAUGGAUUUGACAAAAUCGGAGCAAAGGGAGCUCAGGAAUUCCUUUCUCUAGUUAAAAAGAGGAGUGUUAUGGAUGACGAACCUACCAAUUAUGAGCUGGAAAAAAAGAGGAAGGUUGUUUUUGAUGAAAACCGCAACGAUGCAGUGAGCGAAAAGAGGGCGGACAUUGAAACAGGUCAUGGUUCAGGCGAUCAUUAUGUGCCUUGGUCAUGGACCGUCACUGCUUAUGAGCCUUCUUUGGUUACUAAGGUUCUGGUAAAGGAAGGAAUGAAAGUCCAAGCACAACAACCUUUGUUUGUCAUUGAUGCUGCAUAUAUGAUGGAUGCUAUUUUGCAAGUGCACACACCUAGCAGUGUAAGACAACCAGAUUCAGCGAUUCAGAAGAUUCUGGAGGCUAACCAGAGUUCACGCGCUGGCAUCUUUUCUAUGGAAGAUCCAUUGGCGAACCAGGAUUGUGCUGAUUAUAAAGAUGUUAAGAUUACUUAUAAAUACUUCAAGAAGUUUGACUUUGUCGUGGACCAUUCAGAUCAUUUUUUUUCAGCACAGAAUUCUGAUAUGAACCAGCUGCCAGGUAAAAGAAUACGUAAAGAGUGGAAGAUUCUUAAGGAACAGUUGCCUGGCACCAUAUAUGUGAGGGUUUAUAAAUCGCGGAUAGAUCUUCUAAGAGCUGUAAUUGUCGGACCAGAGGGAACUCCUUAUCAUAAUGCUCUCUUCUUCUUUGAUGUGUGUUUCCCAAGAAACUAUCCUAAAACCCCACCUCUAGUGUACUAUCACUCUGGCGGUCUUGGUAUCAACCCAAAUCUGGACAAGUGUGGUGAUGUUCGUUUGAGCCUUCCCAAAACAAGUGGUGGCCAGGAGACAAUGUGGCUGCCAUGCACUUCGACUAUCCUCCAACUGCUUGUCUCCAUACAAAAUCAGAUUUUGAUUGCCAAUCCUUUAUUCAAUGAACCCACAUAUGCACAUAUGAAAGGCUCUGUUUAUGGAGACCAUUCAUCGGCACUAUACAAUGAGAAUAUCCUAAUAAAGUCACUCAAAACAAUGACGUAUACGAUAUUGAAACCACCCAAGAACUUUGAGGGUUUUGUGCGUGGGCAUUUUUAUAGUCGUGCACGUGAUAUCUUAAUAUCAUGUAACAGAACGACCUGUUCAACCACGUUCAAGAAUGAUAUGGACUUAUGCAUCAAGGACCUUGUGGGAGCAUUUAGUAAAAUCAAGGCAAAGCAAUGGAAAGUCAUGUAUUCCCAAAAAAAGAAAAAUCAAGUACUUAUUACUCUGGUAGAUAAAAAAAACAACCGCCUCAAUUUGUAGGAAAUGAUCUGUGUAUAUCAGCUGUCGUAUGUGAAAGACUAGUCAAUCUUAUCCAGCAUUGUAGUAUAUAUUUUUGUUUUAGACAUUUUA